GGAUCAUCCGGCUGCUGCCAACAGAGAGGGGCUGACAUCCGAAACCGAUGCUGGCUGCCGUCUGAAGUUGUGGAUUAGUGAAGUGUUAGCGACCGCAAAUGAACAUUCAUCGGACAUUUAUCAACCUACCAAACUGGACAAUUAGGAGAACCUCAGAUUGAGCUGUAAAUGUAUCGGCAUCAGACAGCUCAGUAUGAAGAAGUCGGUCCGGCCAGCCGCGAGUAAGGUCGGCGGAGAUCGAGGGAAGGCGGAGGCCACGGCUACCACUGGGACCGGAAAGGCUGCAGCCAAGACCAGCACCACAGCACCUCUGUCUAAGGUGAAAAGCAAUGAUGAUCUUUUAGCAGCUAUGGCUGGAGGCAAUCCUGCAUCAAGUAAUGCUGUCACCAAGACCAAGAGGACUGCCUCAGUUGGGACUACUGCUAGCAACUUGGACAGUAAGCCAAAGACAACAUCAGGUACUUCAUCCAAGCGUACGACAUCUUCGAUUUCCAAGGAGCCAAAUUCAUCACGAGACCGUCUCCGGACAUCCAGGACCUCCGCCAAUAAGAAGCAGUUGGUUUCGGGGACUGUAGUGGGGGAUGUGGCCUCAGGGAAGCGCUCUCGCGGCCAGAUUCUGGCAGAGUCCGAGGGCCGUAUGAGCAAAUCUAAAUCAGACGGCCAGAUCAGUGAUAAGGUGGCUCUGCAGGCCAAAGUAAAUGACCUGUUGGGUUUGGCUAAAAGCAAAGAUGUGGAGAUCCUCCACCUACGCAGUGAGCUGAGAGACAUGAGGGCCCAGCUUGGUUUGGGAGGGAAGGAAGCACCACCACAGGAGGAAGCCGGGGAGGAGGAGAAGCCCCACGUGUCAGCCAUCACAGCAGCUGACGUGGAGUCCACUCUGAUUCUCUUACAGGAGCAGAACCAGGCCAUCAGAGAGGAGCUCAACCUGCUAAAGAGUGAGAACCGAAUGCUAAAAGACCGGCUCAAUGCGCUGGGCUUCUCUCUGGAGCAGAGGCUGGAUGGCUCUGACAAGCUGUUCAACUACGCCUCUUUUAGCCCGGACCUGGCAGCAGGCAGCGGGCAGAGUGAUGGUGGAGGAACAGGUACGCUGACCUCCUCAGUGGAAGGAUCUGCCCCCGGCUCUUUGGAGGAUCUGCUCACAGGACACCAGCAUGGAGGCUCAGCAGACAACCUCGACAGUGAAUCUAGCGAAGUCUACCAGGCAGUCACCUCAAGUGACGAUGCUCUGGACGCCCCCUCUGGAGCUUCCUCAUCCUCGGAGUCGGAAUGCGCACCCAGCAGGGAGCGCUCACGGAGGGGCAGCAGUGGCAAUGCUAGCGAGGUGUCAGUGGCCUGUCUGACGGAGCGCAUCCACCAGAUGGAAGAGAACCAGCACAGCACUGCUGAGGAGCUCCAGGCCACAUUGCAGGAGCUGGCUGACCUGCAGCAAAUCACCCAGGAGCUGAACGGAGAGAACGAGCGGCUAGGUGAAGAGAAGGUGAUCCUCAUGGACUCCCUGUGCCAGCAGAGUGACAAGCUAGAGCUUUACGGUCGACAGAUCGAGUACCUGCGCUCUUUGCUGGAUGAGCAACAUAUCUCCUAUGUGCUAGAGGAGGACAUCAAGAGUAGCCGCUACAUGGAGCUGGAGCAGCGCUACGGAGACCUGGCAGAUAAUGCCCGCUUUGAGAGAGAGCAGCUGCUGGGGGUUCAACAACACCUGUCCAACACACUGAAGAUGGCCGAACAGGACAACGCUGAGGCCCAGGAGAUGAUCGGAGCUCUGAAGGAGAGGAACCACCAGAUGGAGCGCAUCAUGGAGUCGGAGAGACAGGGUCGAGCUGCCAUGGCAGCCGCAGUUGAGGAGUACAAGGCAGCUAUGAGCAACGACCAGGCGGAGCUGAACCGCUGCAGAGCCCAGCUGGACCAGGAGAGGCAGAGGGUGGCCGAACUGUACUCUCUUCACACUGCAGGGGACAAAAAUGACAUCUGCCAGCUGCUGGAAGGAGUGCGUCUGGGGAAAGAAGAGGCUGAGGCCAAGGCGGCAAAGUUGCAGGAGGAGCUGGAACAAGCCCACAGUGAUCUCACCCGGCUGCAGGAGACUUUCAGUAAGCUGGACAGGGAAUACAGAGGCUUCCAGGAGCAGGUGCAGCAGCAGAUGGCCGAGCAGGAGCGCGCACUGGAGAAGCAGCGCAUGGACCUGCAGGAAAAAGAGACCGAGAUCGCAGACAUGAAGGAAACCAUCUUUGAGCUGGAGGAUGAGGUGGAGCAGCACCGAGCUCUGAAACUCCACGACAACCUCAUCAUCACAGACCUCGAGAACUCGGUGAAGAAGCUGCAGGACCAGAAGCAUGACAUGGAGAGAGAGAUUAAGAUUCUUCACCGCAGACUACGGGAGGAGUCAAUGGAAUGGCGUCAGUUCCAGGCUGAUCUGCAGACAGCUGUUGUCAUUGCUAAUGACAUCAAGUCUGAGGCACAGGAAGAGAUUGGAGAUCUGCGGCGCCGGCUGCAGGAAGCCCAGGAGAAGAACGAGAAGCUGAGCAAAGAGCUGGACGAGGUCAAGAGCCGCAAGCAGGACGAGGAGAGAGGCAGAGUGUAUAACUACAUGAAUGCAGUGGAGAGGGACCUGGCUGCUCUCAGACAGGGGAUGGGUCUCAGCCGGCGAUCCUCCACCUCCUCAGAGCCCUCUCCCACCGUCAAAACUCUAAUCAAGAGCUUCGACAGUGCCUCGCAAGGUCCACCUUCCAAUGGUGCCACAGUGACUCCGACAGCCACAGCUGCCCCACUACCACGAACCCCCCUCAGCCCCAGUCCCAUGAAAACACCCCCAGCAGCUGCUGUUUCACCCAUACAGAGACACUCCAUAAGUGGAUCUAUGUCAGCAGCUAAGCCACUGUCCUCCCUAAGUGAUAAGAGGCCCAGCUACACAGACAUCACUAUGCCAGCUGAGCAUCUACUCAGGGGAUCCUCAGCUAGCCGACCUCCGUCUGCCCUCCAGAGGGUCUCCAACAUGGACUCCACCAAGACAAUCUCAGCAGUGUCUCGCCGGAGCAGUGAGGAGAUAAAGAGGGACAUGUCGGCUUCAGAUGGGGCCUCCUCAUCCUCCCUGAUGGCUAUGAGUGCUGCCUCCUCCCCGCUCUCUUUGUCCUCCUCCCCCACCGCCUCCGUCACCCCCACAGCACGCAGUCGCCUAAGAGAGGAGAGAAAGGACCCGCUGUCAGCACUGGCCAGAGAGUAUGGAGGCUCCAAGAGAAAUGCUUUGCUAAAGUGGUGCCAGAAGAAGACUGAGGGUUAUCAGAUCACAAACUUCAGCAGCAGCUGGAAUGACGGCCUGGCCUUCUGUGCUGUGCUCCACACGUAUCUGCCUGCACACAUCCCCUACCAGGAGCUCACUAGCCAGGAGAAGAGGAGAAACUUCACCUUAGCUUUCCAGGCUGCAGAGAGUGUGGGCAUCAAAUGCACUUUGGACAUAAAUGAGAUGGUGCACACAGAGAGACCGGACUGGCAAAGCGUCAUGACUUAUGUCACAGCCAUCUACAAGUACUUUGAGACCUGACUUCAUCAUCUCACCCACCCUGCUCCUGCAGCACAAUCAGAGCCACGCCAGCCCUCCAGAGCUCUCAGCAACCUCUCAACCCCACGGUCAACUGUUAUACCUCACUAACCCCGCUCCCGCACACCCCAGCAACACGCAAUCAUGCUGCAUGUCUGUCCUCAGUAUUUAGCAACACUAAAGGCAGACCAGAACCUCACUGGACACGCAGCUACUCCAUACUCCCAGCGCAGCAUGGAAUGCGCUUUGUGUAGAGUUGUAGUCCAAGGGCUUACCUGUAUGUCUACUGUUACACUAGUAAGCCAUGAGAAGUAACACUGGUGAAAGCCUGGUGAACCAAGUAUGAACUGAGCAGCCAUCAAAUCCAAAUCCAAUUCACGUCUGAAGGAGCAGCAUGAUAAAGAAACCAAGUCUCAGUGCCUUCUACCUGGCUUUUACUGGCAAAUAAUAUUUCCGUUAAGUUAACAGUUAACCCAGUUUUCAGGUUGUUAAUGGGGAAUUCCUGCAAAUCUGACUUUAAGCGAGCUACUUUGCAAGCUCAUUUUCCUAAAUAGUCACAAUGUGUUUCUCUUUUGUUGGCUUUGAAUAUUUUGUGGAAAACAUCAGCUUCUGCAGAAUAACAAAUCAAACGGAAGUGAUGUUGGAAUUCCCCCACAACCCCCCUCUGAGGGAAUUCAGGCAGACGCAGCCUUUUUGCACCAAGUCUUCCAGACAUUACACUACGAUACAGAUGCCUCAAUUUCAAUGGAUAAAGUGCCUGUGAGUUUGGAUGCAGGAGACCAGGAUAUGAGCUCUCUCUAUGGUGUCUUUUCACUACAGAUUUGAGGAGUUGUUGCCAAAUAUGUUUCAGAGCCUUUUGAUGUUGAUUUCUGGCUUAUUGGUCAUCAGGACGGACCGAUGCUGCAGACAGCUACUACAUCAGUAUCUGAACGCAAGGGACUGUUUGCUUUUCAAGCGCAGAAAUAUGCUAUCUUCUACAACUCCACAUUUCCGCUACUCCACAUUUUGUUAAGCAACACACUUACGAUGGUUUUUCAUGAAGGUGGACUAAUAUCAGUUUGAUGUGUAUGGAGUUGAAUGCUAAACCGUAUAAUGUGAGUGUUUGCAUUUUGUAGGCCUGCAUUUGCUGUCUUGCACUUAGACUUCUUUCAUUAGGCACAUAGAGCACACAGCAUUGUUUCAUAAUAACCAAAACCAUAAGCGAGUAGCAUCCAGUUUUUUGAUAAAAUACGUUUUGAUUGACAUGUAAGUGUUUGAAUCAGAGAGCCUUAAACUUUCUCAGCCUGGGAAUUAGAAAAAUAGCGUCUCACCCAGCGACUUCUUGUUGAGGAAAUAUGCUGUAGUUUUUGGAAACCAGCAGAGAAAUAUUCAUAGGUGAAGACACACUUUUGUUAGUCGAUUCAGCUUCUCAUUGAAAGACAAGUUCAUCUUAUUGGGAAAUACUCUUACUUUCUUGCAGUGAGUUGGAUUAGAAGAUUGAUACCACUCUCAUGCCUGUACUGUGAAUAUGAAGCUAAAACCAGGAGCUCAGCUUAGCUUAGCAUAAGGACUGGAAUCGGGCACACAGCUAUCCUGACUCUGCCCAAAGGUAACAAAGUCCACCUAGUACUGCCAGGUAGACCGAUUUGGUAGACAUAUUUGUUACUUUACUUUCGAAUAGAGCCAGGCUAGUUGUGGCCCUCCGAUUCCAGUCUUCAUGCUAAGCUAAGCUCAUCACCUGCAUGUCCUAAUUUACUGCACAGCCUUAUCGAUCUUCUCAUCUAACCCUCGACAUGAAAGCUAAUAAGUGUACUUCCCAUAGUGUCAAACUAUUCCUUUAACAUCAACUAAUGUUGCAAAACUAUUUAUUUUGCACAUAAAUGAAAAAGUAUGAACAAGUGAUCGGACAAUUCAUUGUGCCAUUGACUUUCUUUUGUGUGUUAAUACUGAUGCUGUGUUUGACAGGUAGUUUUUGACAUUCCUAGUAUGACUAACUAUUACUAAUAGAGAUACUUUGUAGCACACAAUGUCAUUUAGGUUGUUCGAUUUCAGUCCGUGGGCAACACUUUAAGUCUCUCAUUUAGUAUUUAUAAACAGUAUUUAGACAUUUAAUAAAUGGUUUAUAGCACACUAGAAUGACAUCUAAAGUGUUUAUUAAUGUGUAAUAUUUGUCAGCAAUUAUAACUUCUCCUAUGAGGACUUAUUUUAUGUUAUUACAACAGUGUUUUACUUGCCAUUCAUUAUCUGUUUAUACGGCAGUCUCUACUUACGGAGGAAGAGUUACAGUUGUUGACAAAUCCAUUAAUAAUCACUGCUUAACACUACAUUAUAGUGUGUUAUAAACCACUUACUAAAGGUGUAUGUAGUGCUUGUAAAUGCUAAAUAGGGCUGUUGCCAUAUAAUGCUGUGUGAGUGCCGUGUGUUUAUCGUGCCUCAACAAGUUCACUGUAUUUAUUUGCAUGGUUUCCAGUCAUUGUAGUGAGGUUAUUGCUUUAUGUGUGUGUCUGAAGUGUAUAUGAAUUUACUACACAUACAGUAAGUAGCUGCACUGAGAUUGUUGUGUUCCAAACUAAUUUCCUGCCUUAACAGUUUAGCCGAGGCUUCAGCAAGUGAAACUGUGACAUUUCAAACCGCGGUUAUCUUUCCUCACCAGGCACGUGUCUUCUUCUUGUUCGUGCCUCUUGAGGAACACUAAUAGUGAGUGAUGGGUCAUGAACCAUUUUGGGAAACUGGUUGAAUCCCCACCUGUGUCUGGUGAAGGUGACUACACGCUGUUUUGAUUUGGAUCAGACGAGGCUGCCAGCUGGUAUCAAUAGCAACAUCAGGAGCAACAUUUUUGUCCCGAUUUAGAAGCACAUCCUGCCGUGCCAUUUGCCAAGACACAUCACCACAGUGUGUACAGCUGCAUUAGACAUUUAGUGAUACAAAGUUAGCACAAGAGCCUGCAGCAGUGAACGUUUUUUGUGUACGAGAGUGCGAGUGAGUUAUUUAAUGCUGUGUGAAAGCACUGGCUCUCUGUUGAUAGGGUUUUGUGAUGCCAUGAUGCUGAGGAUUAUCAGCCAACAGUUUUAUUGUGUUCUGCUUGAUUCCACCGCUGGCCCACGUCUUUUAUCGUUCCCGACAGGAACACUGAGAGCUACAGAGAGAUUUGAAGCCUCUCCAUCGUGGAUGUGGAAUGUGUUUUGAUCACGCUUUAGUGAUCCUGGGACUUUACGAGGUCCAGCGCAUGCUGAUGUGGAGUGAUUGAUGAACACUGAGCCCGGCCCUGCUGAGGAGAAACCAGACGGCUGGCAAAAGCUAGGAAGCACAUUCCACCUCCACAUGAUGCAGACAUGAGGGACAUGUUACACUGUUUGGGACCUGAGACGAUGCCCUUUAAGUGUAAAGCUUUACCACAGCGAGCAAAGCAAAUGUGAACAGUGCAUUGUGUCUUUAUUGGGUCCACUUCUUCACUCUACAUUUUGUUUUUAUUUACUUGAAGAUGCUCUGAGAAUUCCACUGAACCUGCUUUAGUUUGUCUUUUUGUUUCCAU